CACCAGAGGGCGUUUGCGACAUUUCAUCUGCACAAUCGGAGAACUUAUUUUAGGCAGCAACUCCGCCCCCAAAUGCUCGUCGGCAUCUCCCGCUCCCUCACUCGCCGCCGUCCGCCCUUUCCGCUUGCCGCCGCCGCCGCAGCAGCAACAGCAGCCAUGUCGUCGUCGUCCACCGGAGCGAACGUCUCCGACUGUCCGAUCUCCCCGGACACCACCCGCGUGUCCUGGGUGGGGACGGGCGUCAUGGGCCAGUCCAUGGCCGGCCACCUCCUCGCCGCCGGCUACGCGCUCACCGUCUACAACCGCACGCCCUCCAAGGCUCAAGGCCUUGUCUCCCGCGGUGCCAGCCUCACGGACAGCCCGCGCGCGGCCGCCGCGGCUGCCGAUGUCAUCUUCCUCAUGGUCGGUUUCCCCUCCGACGUCCGCUCCACCGCCCUCGACCCCUCCACCGGUGCCCUCGCGGGCCUCGCCCCAGGCGGGGUGCUCGUCGACAUGACUACCUCCGACCCCACCCUCGCCGCCGAGAUAGCAGCGGCUGCGGCCGCCGCGGGCUGCGCGGCCGUCGACGCCCCCGUCUCCGGCGGCGACCGCGGGGCCCGCAACGCCACCCUCUCCAUAUUCGCUGGCGGCGACGCGGCCGUUGUUGCCCGCCUGGCGCCCCUCUUCCAGCUCAUGGGCAAGGCCCUGUACAUGGGCGGGCCCGGCGCCGGGCAGCGCGCGAAGCUGGGCAACCAGAUCGCCAUCGCAUCCACCAUGGUGGGGCUCGUGGAGGGCAUGGUGUACGCGCACAAGGCCGGGCUGGACGUGGCCAAGUGGCUGGAGGCCAUCUCCACCGGCGCGGCGGGGUCCAAGUCGCUGGACCUGUACGGGAAACGCAUCCUGGAGCGGGACAUGGCGGCCGGGUUCUACGUCCGUCACUUCGUCAAGGACCUGGGAAUCUGCCUGUCGGAAUGCCAGGCCAUGGGGCUGUCUCUGCCGGGCCUCGCGCUCGCGCAGCAGCUGUACGUGUCGCUGAUCGCGCACGGCGAGGGCGGGCUCGGGACGCAGGCGCUCAUACUGGCCGUCGAACGGCUGAACAACACCAGCCUCGAGAAGAAGCGGGAUUGAAAGCUUGCGGUUCCGCUCCGGCGAGCUUUAUGCAAAUAUGCAGCUUGAGGUGAAUCUUGGUAGUGUUUCAGAGUUUCAGUUGUUCACUUGUGUACUAGCGUGGGGUGCAAGAACUUAUGCAGGCUUGGAGCUUGCCUAGCUCUAUCUGUUUACAGUGGUUACGGGUUAAAUAAGAUUUUGCAAACAAGGAGGUGUUGCCUUGCAUUGAUUUGGUAUCCAUAGCUAGCUCUAUGUUAUCUGGCAGUCAACCUGUAAUGACUUUGAUCGGCUAAUGGCUAUGAACAAA